ACAAACUUUUUUAUGGCUCAGACAUGCUGUGUCUAAAUUAAAUUAAAUUAAAUUAUUAAAUACAUUAAAGCUGGAAAUUUCACAUGCAUUGAAUAUUUUUUUACCAUUGUUUUUGUUGUAUUUUAACGUUAUGCAAAGGCGGUAGCAGAUAGACAUUAUGUUAUUUCCCAAUUUUCAGCGAAGGCACCACUAAUCGGACAGGAACCAUACGCCAGUUUCUGUGUCACACCGGUAACUUCUCCUCAAGUACUGGCGAGUAAGCGAUGCUCAGCCUGAAACAUUUUUCACAAGAGUGAGGCCAAGAAUAAAGCUACCUGCGUGGAUUCCUUUUUACGUGGAUUUGAACUUUUUGGGGGGCAAAGAAAGACCCUGUCGCGUAGUGUUGUUGAAGCGCCAUGACAGUGCUGUGUUUGUGGUCUUGGCAGGAGUAGGAGAAACGGAGACACAGACAGAAGAAGAUAGUUGUUUUUUUUAGAUACAAUAUUAUUUUCUAUUUUUGUUUUUUCCAAAAAACGAGGGGAGGAAGAAGAGGCUACAAGAUGUUUGAAGCUUCUGGAGUGCCAUUCAUUCUGUUGGACAUCACUUGUCUCAUCCUUGUGGGACUUCCCUUUUUCGUCCUGACGCCUCAGCACAGUCCGUUCAAACGAGGCUUCUUUUGUGACGACAAGUCCAUCCGCUACCCUCUCAAAGAGGACACCAUAUCCUACCAGCUGCUGGGGGGUGUCAUGAUCCCCUUCACGCUCAUUGUUAUCAUCUGUGGCGAGUGUCUAUCGGUGUACCUGUCUCGAAUCACGAACCAGACCAUGGGCCCCAAGUACGUGGUAUGCGUCUACAAGGCGGUAGGCUGCUACUUGUUCGGGGCGGCAGCCAGUCAGUCUCUGACGGACAUCGCCAAGUACUCCAUAGGGCGUCUGCGGCCGCACUUCUUGGCAGUGUGCAAGCCGCUGUGGGAUCGCAUCAACUGCAAAGCAGGAGGAUACGUGCAGAACUUCACCUGCACUGGGGACAAGUUCCUAGUGGAAGAGGCCAGACUGUCCUUCUAUUCUGGUCAUUCAUCUUUCUCCAUGUACUGCAUGUUGUUUCUUGUUCUGUACAUUCAAGCCAGGCUGAAGGCAAAGUGGGUAAGACUCCUGCGCCCCACCCUGCAGUUCUUCCUGCUCGCCACCGCCAUAUACGUGGGUCUGUCCCGCGUGUCGGACUACAAGCACCAUUGGAGCGACGUGCUCGCCGGCCUCCUGCAGGGCGGCGCCGUUGCCAUCUUCGCUGUGUGCUGUGUGUCCAACUUCUUCGAGCAACCCGUUGAGGCGGUGGUCACCCAGGAGGAAAAAAGACAGCACACCUGCUUGCAGGAGAACCCACCCAACUCCAACCACUAUGGCAGCACUGACUAAACAGAUCAAAGGUGCACCCAGGCUGCUUAUGCACUUUACUGAGAUGCAGCGUUACAGUGGGUGGGGGGUAGAGGGGCGGUGGGGCAUGUUACCUAUAGAACAGUGGUUCUUAACCUGGGUUCGAUCGAACCCUAGGGGUUCGGUGAGUCGGCCGCAGGGGUUCGGCGGAGGUCAAAACACACCCGACUCAUCGUGUAAAUACAAACUUCUCCCUAUCGCCGUAUUACGGAUACGGAAACCGCUGACUGAUUUGCAGGUGUGUAAUUUGUUUCCAGUUUAUGCACUGUGUUGGUUUUGUUGUUUGAACAAGGUGAUGUUCAUGCACGGUUCAUUUUGUGCACCAGUUAAAAAAAAACAUGGUAACACUUUAGUAUGGGAACAUAUUCACCAUUAAUUAGUUGCUUAUUAACAUGCAAAUUAGUAACAUAUUGGCUCUUAAAUAGUCAUUAUUAAGUACUUAUUAAUGCCUUAUUCGGCAUGACCUUAUUAUAACCCUAACCUUAAUCAAAUAACUCUGAAUUAUUACUUAGAAUAUGUUUCCCUAGUGUCCAAAUAACUCUAAAUUUGACAUGAUCUAUGGCAGCGGUCGGGAACCUUUUUGGCUGAGAGAGCCAUGAAAGCCAAAUAUUUUAAAAUGUAUUUCCGUGAGAGCCAUAUCAUAUUUUUUAACACUGAAUACAACUAAAUGCGUGCAUUUUUCAAGUAAGACCAACAUUUUUAGAGUAUAAUAAGUCUCUAAUUCUUUUUAAUAACAUUGUUAUUUCUUGAACAGGUGCGGUAGAAAACGGAUGGAGGAAUUAAAAUGAAUGAGAAUGUUUUAUAUUUUGACCGUUAUUUUUAAUAUCGUGAUUACCAGCGGAAUUAUUUAUUUCUUAUCGUGUUAAGCAAUUUCAGCUGAGAUUUAUCUGAGAGCAAGAUGCAUUCAUCAAAAGAGCCACAUCUGGCUCUAGAGCCAUAGGUUCCCUACCCGUGAUCUAUGGUCUUGAUUAUGGUUUUGUUAUUUUUUGUUAGUUUUAGGACCUUUUUAGUUCCUGUUUGCGCUCCCUUGUUUUGUUUGGUUACCAUGCCGACUUAUGAUCAUUCUGUCAUGACGGGGGGAUUCGCAGCUUACUGCGAGGUUUGUUCUCCCGGGAUGCAAACAAACUAUUCCAGACAAGGCUUGCAGGUAGGAACAUAUUUAUUAACCCGGUAAAUCUUGGCAGGGCAUGAGGUAAACAAACAUAAACUAUGGCGGAGAACAAACACAAAACUGUGACAUGAAACAAACAAACAUAAACUAUGGCUUCGAACAAACACAAGAAAUAAACAAAACUCACGUGGCCACGGCAUGAAUCGAGCAACAUGAAAUGUGGUAUCGCAUGAAAACAAGCAAUGACACCAGGCCGACUGACUGGCAAAGGCAGGCUUAAAUAAGGACCUUGAUUAGAAACAGGUGCGCGGUCCGAACAUCAGAGGCAGGUGAAAAUCAUAAGUCGGCAUGGUAACCAAUCCAAACAAGGGAGCACAAACAGGAACUAAAAGAGUCCAAAAACAUGAUCCACACCACAGAUCAUAACAAAAUUAAGUCUUUGUUGCUUAGAAUAUAUUCCCUAUACUAAAAGUGUUACCGAAAACAUACAACUUUGUCUUGAAUUUGAAAAAAAAACAUUUUAUUUUUAACUAAAGAAAGGUUCGGUGAAUGCGCAUGUGAACCUGGUGGGGUUCGGUACCUCCACCAAGGUUAAGAACCACUGCUAUAGAAGGAGUGGCUUUUUACAGUUCAUGCAUGCACUAUAGGUAGACUUGUUCAGAAUGAAUGGAAUUCCAUUGGCUGCGACCAGAAUGGAGUCUUGUGUUCUCACUGCAAGCAGGCUUGUCUGAGAGACUGUAAAUGACUCACAAAAACCUCCACUGUCUUAAAAGAAACCAAAAAAAACCAGAGUAUUAUACUGUAUGUAUUUUAUAUCAUUUCCUGCCUUAGAUUGUGACUGCUGUUACAUGGUGUCAUCUUUUUUUGUCAUUUUUAUUCAAAAUACAUCAACUUUUUUGGGGAGCUUGUACUGAAUAUGUUUUGUAUUGUGAGGAUGCUGUUGGAGAAGGUGAGGAAUUAAAACAGCUUCCAUUUUUUCUCA